AUGGCACGUUUCCGAACCAGACACGUCGCCUUUUGCGCCUUCCUGCUCGUAUUCCUCUGGUAUAUGCUCCCCGAAGACGAGCUCGCGAUACACCUCCAUAAUCAGCCUCGUGGUGCGCCAAAUGCAGGGACCGCGGAAUUGGCGCGAUAUAUGAACGAUGCGAACCGUAUCCCGCACAUCGAGGCCAGCCGGAGCACGUUCAGCUGGAAUACAGUCGAGUUCAAGUACCCGCCCGAGCUCACGCCGAAGCUCCCCCCACCAGUGACGAAACGGCCCCGGAUACAGCAUCAUUUCCGACCCGAAUCGCGAAGUGUCGCUGCCGAACAAGAGCGAAGACGGCAAGAAGUGUUACGCGUGUUCACGAAGGCGUGGAUGAGUUACAAGAGGAAGGCAUGGAUGAAGGAUGCGCUGAAGCCGCUGAGCGGAAGCUAUGUGGAUCAAUUCAGCGGCUGGGCCGCGACACUCGUGGACAGUUUGGAUACCCUAUGGAUGAUGGGCUUGAGGGACGACUUCUACGAUGCUGUGGAGGCUGUCGCGACGAUCGACUUUGGACGAAGCACUUCUGGUCGCGUGAACACAUUUGAGACGAACAUACGAUACUUGGGAGGGCUGCUUGCGGCUUACGAUUUGAGCGGGCACGAAGUGCUCAAGGCGAAGGCAAUCGAGGUUGGAGACCUGUUAUACGCGGGUUUCAAUACGAAGAACAGAAUGCCCGUGGAUUUCAUCAGCUUUGAAGACGCAAAAGAAGGAAGCGGGUUACUUGUUGAGAAGUCUGUGGUCAGUGCAUCUCCAGGCACUAUCACGCUGGAGUUCAGCAGGCUAAGCCAAAUCACCGGCGACAACAAAUACUACGCCGCGGUAUCGCACGUCAUGGACAUGUUCUACGAGCAACAGAACAAAACCAAACUCCCUGGAAUGUGGCCGAUGACGGUCUCCAUGGCCAACGAAGACGCGAUCACAGGCUUCCAGUUUACCAUUGGUGGCAACGCAGACUCCUUGUACGAAUACCUACCCAAGGCACACGCCCUCCUUGGCUCUGCAGAUGCAAGCUCGCGCAAAUACGAAGUCAUGUCCCGCACAUUUAUGGAUACCGCGAUAGACGUUCUUUUCUUCCGGCCUAUGACCCCGAAGCAAGACGACAUCCUCAUCUCAGGCAACUGCGACGUACUGGAAAACGGCCCGAGCCUCGAUCCUGAGAGCGAGCAUCUUUCCUGCUUCAUAGGCGGUUUGUAUGCACUUGGCGGCCGCCUCUUCAACAGCGCGACCUACCUUGAUGCCGGCGCAAAACUUGCCCGUGGCUGCAUAUACGCCUACAAGUCCUUCCCAACUGGUAUCAUGCCGGAGCGCUACAACAUGGUGAAAUGUCCUGGUUCGGAUCCAAAGAAGCCUUGCAAAUGGGACGAAGAUUUGUAUGUUGCCGAAUGCGAGAAACGAGUGCAGUAUCGCGAGGGGCUGCCUAAAGGGUUCACGACGGCAAAAGAUCCGCGUUAUAUCCUCCGGCCUGAGGCUAUCGAAAGCGUCUUCAUCUUGUGGCGGAUCACUGGGCAAGAAGAGUUCAGGGAAGCAGCAUGGGACAUGUUCCAGGCUGUUGUCAAUGCAACUGAUACAGAGUAUGCCAAUGCGGCAAUCGAGGACGUGAACACUGUUGGCUCGAAACAAACGGAUUACAUGGAGAGUUUUUGGCUGGCGGAGACCUUGAAGUAUUUUUACCUGGUGUUUGCGAAUACAGACCUCAUCAGCCUGGAUGAUUUUGUGCUUAACACCGAGGCGCAUCCGUUCAAGCUUUCGAAGGUUUAG